AUGGAGGAAGUAGUCCGAACCCGUCUAAAAUUCAUAAACGAUUCAGUAGAAAAAUUACUAAUCGAUGCUCAAGAUGCUCUAGUAAAAUUACGCGAUAAAAGUAUUACUAUUGAAGAGGCGUGUAUUACGAAUAAUAAACUUAAAACUAUGAACGAGCGUUUUGUGUCAGAAAUGUACAAUUACUACAAAUUAGUACAAGUGCCUUCAGCAGAUGACUUAUCUCAGUAUACAUCACUCCAAAUUCAAGCAGAUGAAAUCGUAGCUGAGCUAGAUGUCCGUACACAACUGAAACCAAACUCACCAACAUCAAUUGGAGAAAAUUCUGGUAUUAAUGUUACUUGCCAGUUACCUAAAAUGGAGCUAGCCAAAUUCAAUGGCGAUGUACUUAAAUGGCACCAGUUUUGGGAUCAAUUUGCGUCAAACGUAGACAGUCGUAAUAUCAAUGACGUUGACAAAUUGUUAUACUUACAAUCCGUCUUAGGAGGUGAAGCUAAACAAGCUAUUGAAGGCUUGGAUACCACAAGCAAGAACUACAAAAUUGCUAUUGAAACUCUUAAAGAACGUUAUGGCAAACCAAACGUAAUUAUUGAUGCUCAUUACGUUGCACUGUAUCGUAUUCCCACAGCAGGUAGUUCAGUUAAAGAGUGUCGAAACGUAUUCAGUGAAGUCGAAAGUCACUUAAGAGUUUUGAAAUCUCUAGGCGAAGAUGUAAAUCAUAAUCACCUAAGAGUGAUGAUUAUGGAGAAAUUUCCCGAAGACUUGAUUUAUGAGCUUAGGGUUAAAUUAGGCUCAGAUGAAGAUUCGAUUGAGAAUAUUAGAAAGAAUUUAGAAUACAUUAUAUCAGCCAGAGAGACUUCAAAUAGAAUUAAAAGAAAAACUGAAAAGGAUGUAGGAGAAAACAUUACUAUUGAAACACUUCACGUAAAAACAGAGAAUAAUAGCAGAAAGAGAUUUCAAGGACGACGACAAUACAAUGUACAAAAUAAAACAGAAAGCUAUAAAAAGUUUGACAACAAGAAAUUUGAUAGACCCUUCAAUAAAAAACGGCCCUAUGACAAUACUAAACCAACUCAGUACGAAUCAUCAGCACCAAAAAGGAAUAAACUUGUUUGCAUUUUUUGUGAGAAAGAUCAUUUUAACGAUGAAUGUUCUACAUUCAAAACACUACAGGACAGAAAAGGAAAGUUAAAGGGUCAUUGUUUUAACUGUUUUGGAAAAGGACAUAAAGGAAGUGAUUGCAAAGCAAAGAGAAAUUGUAGACAUUGUGAUAAGUACGGAAUACAUAAUCGUGCUCUAUGCCCCAGUAUUGUUCCUAGUCUGAGUCAUAUUAACACGCUUCAUGUUAAUACGUCUAAAUCGAUUACAGUUUUACAAACCAGCACAGCGCAUAUUCACAGAGUAGGAGAUAACUCAAGCUAUGUUAACUGUCGUAUAUUGUUAGAUUGUGGAAGUCAACGCUCUUACGUAACCAGCAAGGUCGCAAAGGAAUUGAAUUUACCAGUUAUAGAGGAAAAUCAAUUAACAGUAUUUACCUUCGGUGCACAAACGCCUAAAGAGAUUGACAGUCCAUUAGUAGCCUUUGAUAUCGUGACUCGGACAAACACCAGAACAACUAUUCAUGCAAAUAUUGUACCGCUAAUAACAAAUAGAGUUCCGUGUCCUUACGACAAUAUACGAAAUGUAGAGGAGUUGAUACAUGAUGAAGAUAUAAUUUUGGCUGACGAUGGUUCUAGAGAUGAUCAAGUGGACAUUCUAUUGGGGAAUGAUUACUAUUACUCAUUUAUGGCUAAUAAAAGAGUCAAAGUUGACGAAAACUUAUAUUUGGUUAAAACAGAUUUUGGUUGGAUGUGGUCAGGACAGUGUCUAAUGUCCAAACAUGAAAAGGAUCACCUAUCAGUAUUAACAUAUUUUCAAUCCAGCAUAGAUACCAUGACUCCUUUUUACGAACCUGAUUUGCCCCUUCAAAAUGAUAAUCUAAAACAGUUAUGGGAUUUAGAAUCAAUUGGAAUAGUAGAUUCCCCUAAAACUACAAGGGAAGAAGAAGCCAUAAAAAGGUUCAACGAGACAACUGAAUAUAUUGAAAACCGCUAUUAUGUGCAAUGGCCGUGGACGGAGUAUCCACCUGAAAAUUUGCCAGUGAAUUUUGGUUUAGCCUUGGGUAGGUUAACAAAUUUACUUAAACGUCUUGAUCCUGUUACCAUCAAACAAUAUGACGAUGUUUUAAAAGAUCAAUUGAGCAAAGGUAUUAUUGAAGAUAUUAAUGAUCAUUCAUUACCUGACGAUCAUCCUGUACAUUACCUGCCACAUCAUUGCAUCAAACAAGAAGAUAAAACAACUAAAUUAAGAAUUGUAUACGACGCUUCUGCUAAAAUUAAAAACAAUAGCAGUCUCAAUGAGUGUCUACACAAAGGACCUCUUUUAUUAGAGGAGUUAACGGGACUUUUGAUUAGAUUCAGGGAACAUAAAAUUGGUAUUGUAGCUGAUGUAGAAAAGGCGUUCUUGCAAAUCGGGCUACAACAGAAUGAUCGCGACGUCACUCGAUUUUUAUGGCUUAAAGAUCUCAGCAAAGAAGCGACAUCAGACAAUCUUUUACAUUUACGGUUUUGUCGUGUUCCGUUUGGUGUAAUUUCCAGUCCCUUUUUGUUGAAUGCGACGCUUCGAUUUCAUUUGAUUAAAUCAGAUAGCACAAUUAACAAACAAAUUGCUGAAGAUAUAUAUGUUGAUAAUGUGGUUUCUGGUAGCUGUACCACGGAACAAGCCUUAACAUUAUAUAAAACAGCAAAGGACACUUUUAAAGAUCUGUCUAUGAAUCUUUGCCAAUGGAACUCAAAUUCAAAAGAAUUUGUUGAUCAAAUUCCUAUAGAUGACCGUGAUCACAAUGAAGUGAUUAAAAUUCUUGGUAUUGAAUGGAACACAAGUAGAGAUGAAUUAAGAUUAAAGCCCAAUUAUGAACCUGCGACAAAUAUAAACACAAAAAGAGGAGUACUUAAAGUAACUGCAGCUAUUUAUGAUCCAUGUGGGUUUAUUGCUCCGAUAAUAUUACCUGCGAAAUUGUUGCUUCAGGAACUCUGGAAACAGAAACUACAUUGGGACGAGACAUUACCUGAAAAAAUAUCAAAAAAGUGGAAAACUAUACAGACUACGUUCAAUUGCAUAAAUGACAUGCAUAUUCCUCGACCACUCAUUGACACCGUUGCCAAUAAAAAUGAUGAUAAGAUGGUUUAUGAGCUACACUGUUUUGCAGAUGCAUCGAUGCAAGCUUAUGCAGCUGUCGUAUAUUUACGUGUAUACAGUAAUAAUAAAAGGAAAGCCUACACGACCUUUGUAAUGGGAAAAUCCAGAGUUGCCCCUAUAAAAGAUCAGAAAGAAUUGCAAAUACCAAGAUUAGAAUUGUUAGGUGCCGUAAUCGGAAACCGAUUGAUUCAAUAUGUCGCCAAAUUCUUACGACUGCAUAUAGAAAAUCAUUUCUUGUGGGUUGACAGCGAGAUUGUAUUAAGUUGGUUCAAUUCUAAUAAAUUGUUGCCGCCUUUUAUUGCACGAAGAAUAAAGGAAUUAAAACAGAAUAAAACCCUGCACGUGCGUUAUGUUCCUGGCGAAUUAAAUCCAGCAGAUGGAGCUACCAGACCAAUAAAUGCAGAAGUUAAUAACAAAUAUUGGCUGACAGGCCCUAAAUUUUUAACAUUAUCAACAGAAAAAUGGCCUAAAUUAUUCAAAAACGAUCACAAUAUCGAUCAGGUUCAGGUUCAAACUUCUUCGCUUAACGGAGAAUCUUCUAAAAAUACAAAUAUAGAUACACAGAUACAGGAAAACAAUCAGUCAUCAAAUAUAACAGAUAAAAAUAAAGAAAAGACCACAGAAAAAAUAAACGUAGUAACAGAUGAAGACGUAGAGGAAAUGACAGAGGAAGAUGUAGAAAUGAGAGAAGCAAGCAAUAAUUUAAAAAAUGAAGAAACCGCAAAAUCUGUAGAAAUUAUUAAAUUGCAAAAAGAAUACUUCCCUAAAGAAACACAAGGUUGCAAAACAGAUUUAUCCAGGUCACUUGACUUAUUUAAAGACGAUAAAGGUAUUUUAAGAUGUGGUGGCAGAUUUGGAAACGCAAAUUGGAGUGAUGAUAAGAAGAACCCAAUACUUCUCCCUAAAAAUUCUAAAUUCACAGACAAAAUUAUAGAGGAUAUACAUAAAAAUAAUUACCAUGUUGGAGUAGGACAUACUUUGGCCACAGUCAGGAAUAAGUACUGGAUUUUGCAAGGUCGCUCACAAGUUCAAAGAGUUUUACGUAAUUGUAUGCAAUGUCGGAAAUAUGGGGGAGGGCCUUACAAAAUGCCGUUAAUGCCACCUUUACCAGCAGAACGAGUACGAUAUUCAGUUCCAUUUACGUUUACGGGAUUAGACUAUUUUGGUCCUCUUAAAAUUCAGGAGGAUAUUGCAGAAAAACGAUGGGUUUGCUUGUUUACUUGUCUAGCGGUCCGUGCUAUACAUAUGGAGGUAAUUAGAGAUUUAUCGGCCGAGGAAUGUUUAAUGGCUAUUAGAAGAUUUGUCGCUGUAAGAGGACUUCCACAAGUUAUCACAUCAGAUAAUGCCACUCAGUUUAAGUUGACUUCAAACGUAUUAACCUCAGAAUUUUGCAUCAAAAAUAAAAUUGCAUGGCGUUUUAUUCCCGAACUAGCGCCUUGGUUUGGGGGCUUUUAUGAACGCUUGAUUGGUAUAGUUAAAAAUUGCCUGAAAAGGACAAUUGAUAAACAUCUGCUUAACCACAGCCAAUUGUGUACAACUAUAAAAGAAGUAGAGGCAGUGGUAAACAACAGACCUCUUACUACAGUUGGACAAGAAUUUGAACAAAUUUUAACUCCAGCUGAUUUCUUAAAAGUUGGUGGUCCACAGUUGACAGAUAUAUCGGAAACAGAAUUUUUAGACAACGCGACAGUGACUAAGGAUAACUUAAUUCAAGGAUGGAAAAGAGGUCAGAUGAUUUUAAAAGAAUAUAUUAACAUGUUUAUUUCACAAUAUUUAACCAGCUUGCGUGAGAGAGGAAACACUCAUAAACAAUCACGAGUUGUUGUAAACAAGAUUCCUCAUAUUGGAGAUAGAGUACAAAUUAAAAACGAUAAGAGUAGAGCAUUUUGGAAAGUUGGGCGUAUCUCAAUGGUAAUCCAGGGUUCGGACGGUCAAAUCAGAGUUGUGAAAGUAACUAUGCCUAAUGGAGAAACUUUGACCCGAUCAAUCGGUCAUUUAUAUCCCCUCGAGUUCGAAGACAGUGAAGAUGACAAUGCAGACGGAGUUCAUAUUACAGCAAAAACAGAUUCAGAAACACCAACAACACCUACUGUAUAUCGAGACACCCCGACACAUGACGUAUCAGGACUAGACAUAUCAGGUCGCACAGAUUCUACUGAACAAGUUGACCAGAUUAAAACUGGGACGAAGAGAGAAGCUGCCCAGAGAGCUAGAGAGAAAGUCAAACAGUGGACGCAACAGCUGAUCAGUAUAAUUUUGUAA